UAUGUGGCCAAUGACUGUGAUGGUUUUUACUGGAUACUGUGAAUGACAAUUCAGGAACUCCUGCUCACACACCGCAUGUAGCGCAAAGAAGGAGGCGUAAACAGUGACAUAGCUAGGUAGCCAGCGAGCUCCGUCAGCAAACACUUUGGAGAAGUUUGACCUAUGGUGAUCACAACAUGAUUCCAUUGAGGAAUUUCUGUAAUGGAGAUGAGCAGCAGCAACAGCGAGUGCUUUGGAUGUGGCCGCUCUGGGCAUUGGGUCAAGCACUGUCCUAAUGCUGGAGGUGGACGUGGACGCGGCAGGGGUCGGGGACGAGGCAAGGAGCUGUUCUGCUAUCGGUGCGGAGACCAAGGACACAUGGCACGGGACUGUGACCAAACUGAGGAUGCGUGCUACAACUGCCACAGGAGUGGUCACAUUUCCCGGGACUGCAAGGAGCCUAAGAAAGAGACGGGAGCAGCUGUGCUACACCUGCGGCAAAGCUGGACAUAUGGCCCGCGACUGUGACCAUGCCAAUGAGCAGAAGUGCUACUCCUGCGGUGGGUUCGGUCACAUCCAGAAACUUUGCGAUAAGGGAAAUGUUACAGGUGUGGUGAGAUUGGUCAUGUUGCUGUGCAUUGCAGUAAAGCCCAGUGAAACUAACUGCUACAACUGCGGAAAGGCAGGCCACCUGGCAAAAUAGUGCACCAUUGAAGCC